AUGGGAACCUUCAAGAGUUUCGCAAAGUCCCUCCGCCAGACGAUCCUGAUCCCGGCGUCAAUUGCGCUAACAGUUUACCUUCUCUUCUCGUUCUUGAUCAUCCCGUUCUUCAGGCGCUACCAUCAGCGCUACUCCCAAUAUCUACCUUUGCACACGAUCUCAGCGCACACCCUCUCACUGCGAGAUCGCAUGGCGGACGCAGUCAUGCGCUUCUUCCUCCCGUCUUCAUGGCGACGCAAUCCGCAUAUAGCGGACAACGAUAAUAUCAGCAUCGACGAGGAGGAAGGUGAAUUGAUGGUUGGGAUGAACAUGGAUGCCGCGCGGAGAGAAGCAUUGGAGCGGCGGCGUAGCACAGCACCAGAGCCGGAGAGCCGUCUCAGCCGAGAACUUGAGGAAGGAUUUAUGGAUGAUAGUGACGAGGAGGAUCAUGAUGGGCCAGGUGGCGUGCGGACUCGCCCUUAG